UUUGUUUUGCUGCGCCGGGUAUUUAUCGUCAGAGUCGUGACUGUCCCGUUUACACUGCUCGUUAGGCGGUCAGACGGUUUGCUGGUGUCUACAUUUCAAGCCUGUGGCCUUCGCUAGGUUUGCGCCAAGUGCUAUUUUUUUUCCUUGAGCCGACAUCAAUAAUUAAUUUUGUACAUUUAGUUUAUUUUUUUUAUAUAUAGAGGAAAGAAAUGUCGUCCGAAAGCCCCGAGUACUCCCCGUUCUUCGCAGUGAUGGGUGCCUCUGCGGCGAUGGUGUUCAGCGCCUUGGGAGCAGCCUAUGGCACGGCUAAGAGCGGUACAGGGAUCGCCGCCAUGUCCGUGAUGAGGCCGGAGCUCAUCAUGAAGUCCAUCAUCCCUGUGGUCAUGGCGGGUAUUAUAGCCAUCUACGGCCUGGUAGUAGCAGUGCUGAUUGCCAACAACAUCUCAGAGAAAGUCAGCCUCUACAAGAGUUUCCUCCAUCUGGGAGCCGGUCUUAGUGUGGGCCUGAGUGGGCUGGCGGCAGGCUUCGCUAUUGGCAUCGUGGGCGACGCAGGCGUGAGGGGCACAGCUCAACAGCCGAGGCUUUUUGUGGGCAUGAUCCUCAUUUUGAUUUUCGCUGAGGUCUUGGGUCUCUACGGACUCAUUGUCGCCCUCAUUCUCUCCACGAAAUAAAAACACCCCAAACAUCUCCACUACAAAGAUCUGUCCUUUAUGUUGCUGCUGGAGGAAAAAGUGUAAAACGGGAAAAGGAAAAAAAAAAAUUGUAAAAAUUUCUGCCAGACGUGAUGAAAGAAGUGAAGACGGUGGAAAUAUGAUUUGAAAUGGCUCCAUAAUUAUGGUCUUAUCAACAAUGUGUACAGUCGUCCCAAUUUGAUAGUCAACUUGUAAAUGCGCAAUGUAGUGAUUUGUCUGUCUUGUGUGUGUGUGUGUGUGCGUGUGCGCGUGUGUGUGCGUGUGUUUCAAAACAGUUGUAUGAUGAAGAUUCCUUUUUUUUUCCCUCCACUUAUUUCAGGCCUCAAGGCCAGCUGAGGCAGCCUGGCCUCUGGUCUUAGAGAGCUGACCAAAGGGCCGCACAGCUUUUUCUCCUCCCACAUCAACUUGGGAGUUGACAGAAUUUCUGCAUUAAUCUUGAGGAUCUAUUUGUAAAGAGAAAUGUAUAUGGACUCACGAUUUUUUUCCACUGAUUUUAUUUAUAAGAAAUUGUUCAUUGAACUGUUUAAUGCAGCAAAAGUCUUUAAUUCCCAGGAUAUAUUAUACAUAUAUAAAUAUAUAUACAGACAUAUAAAUAUCUAAAUCUAUAUAUAGAUUUAAUGCACUGUGGGGUAAUUGUGAUAAGUGGUUGGAAUUCCUCUGGAUGUAAUUCUUGGUUUAAUUAAGAUUGCCUUUAGUAUGUUGCUGGUGAAGUGGGAGUUUUGUGUGUAGCUGUAUUCUAAUCAUUACGCAAACAUUCUCAAACUUCAGUGUUUUUCCUGUAGUACUGCUGUUUGCAUUAAAGGUGUGUGUGCCCCGUGA